AUGCAAGUCUACAUGGGCAUGAUGUUCGCCUACGCGCUUCCGAGCGAAGAAGUGGCUGCUAUUAUCGGCGUUUUGGUGAAUUCGGUCUUCAUCUUGUUUAUGGGCUUCAGUCCUCCGGCGUACGCCAUCCCCUCGGGCUACAAGUGGCUGUACACGAUCUCGCCGAUGAAGUUCCCCUUGUCCGUCACGGUUUGCGCUUGUUUUCGCGGAUUGCGACGAGUUGCCGACGUGGAAUGA